UAAACAACACUUACAGUAAAUACACAAUUAUUGAGUAAAUAACAUUCUCAAAAUUUCUUUGUCUAUCCAUCAAGAACUGUGACACUUAACGCAAUAGGUUUUAGUCUUAAUUUCUAGUCGCAGGAAGCAACAUCAAAUUUCAGAGCAUAAAAUGGGAUCACUAAUUUAUCUGAUUUUUCUGCUAUUUUCUACAACAUCCGCCCGUUUGUUUGAGGGUCAGUGCCGUACCAUGCUCUCACCGGUGGUCUUUCCAUUUAAUUACAACAGGUACAUGGGAACUUGGUAUGAGAUUGAAUGGUACGACGACGAAUAUCCCACCUAUGAUGAAUGUAUUAAAUUCACUUACACCAAGACGUCAAGGAAUGCUUUCACCAUGACACUGGACUUGAAGCAAUCAAAUAACGGCUUUGCUGCGCAACAGUUUCAAGGACAUGGAAUCGUUUCAGAGCCGGGAUUACUUCCGCGAGGUGUAUUUACGCCAGGACAACUGAGCACUACAUAUGACGCAGGUCCUCCAACCCGCAUUAAUCAUCAAAUUCUUGCAACCAAUUACAAGAGCUAUGCAUUCGUUUGGGAUUGCAUGAAUGUAAACGGGACACAUUACAAUGAGAAAAUGUGGUAUUUUGAUAGGCAACCGAAUCCAGUUGGUCGGCCAGUUAAGGUGCAAAAGUUGAUCAGCCAGUAUUUUAAUGAGGCGUACAUACGUAAAACAUAUCAUGGACCGAACUGUUAACGGUUUUUGAUCGGGUUCUAUUAUCGAUAAAUUGUUUUUGUGUCAUCGAGGAGUAUUCCAGCAUCUAAGUGAAUUGAAUUUGUUGUAAAUUUGUUAUUUAUACAAUGGAGAGAAUGACUAUUACAAUAAGUGUUCAC